CUUCUGCUUGUCAGAGGAAAACAACUGAAAAAAUGGAAUCAGGCAUUUGGACGCAGUUCUCACCUAAUAUCAUAAACUUCGUAGAAACAGUUAUAAGGGAUGGUAGGGUUGGUAUAUGCGCCGGUAAUUUACGAAUUAGUGACGUAACAUCAAGUUGUUCCUCAGUUGUACAACAGCCAAAAUGUGACAGGUUUAAACUGGUUAUACCAUAUGCUGGCCAGCCAAUUAUCUGGGAAGUACUGUUUGACAGUAACAGCCCUGAUGAAGCUCCAGAUUUCAUAUUUGGUCCAGAAGAUAAGACAUUCUGUCCCUACAUAGAGGAUGUUCAGGGUUUGGUGAAGUGGGAUUCUCAGAACCCUCGUGCUUUGCUCAUAGUUCUUCAGGACAUCUUAGAUCAUUAUCGGAAACAUCAGCUAAAGCUCCUUGAAGAAAACUCUCGUCUUCAGUUUGAGUACACUUCCCUUGUUGAGCAGAACCAGUUCAAGUCAGACAGUAUCGAAGUCCACGUGGCAAAGUCUGCAAGUAAAACUGGACCAGUGAAUUUUUUGAUUAAGUUAUCUGUGGAUUUUUCGAAAAUACCAGCAUACUUGACCAAGGAUAACCCUGGUGAAGACUCUGCUGUAUUAGCUGUGUGCUUCUCAAACCCAGAAGGCAGUAAAAUAACCCCACAACUCUUCCUCUCCCCCAGGGUUGAACAAGCAUUAGGGGGUUCCCCUAACCUGAGAAUCCCUCCAUUCUCCAAUGGGGGUUGUCUUAUUGACUACAUACCAAGUGUCUGUGAACUGCUCACUAAUAAGGUGGAUCAAAUUGUUCAAGGUUAUGAAAAAAGAAAAGAAUAUAUUGCAGCUUUUCUGAGCCAUUUUGGAAGGUCACUGCUAGAAUAUGACAGUGAGGGGUUUUCUAAAAUAUCCUUUCUGCUAGAAUGGAAUGAUUUUUUCUUCAUUGUGAGAAUUGAGUUGUCCCUGUUCUUCCCUAAAGACCAGCCUGUGUUGACGUUCCAGUCUAUUUACCAUGAGAACAAUAGUAAACCUUACAUGCAGGUGUUCUCAGAGUAUCCGUACAGUCCCCGCUGGAGUGGUAAUGAGAUGGCUGAUAGAGCAAGGACCUUCAUCUUGGACAAUGUGAGCAGUUUUCAGAAAUCUUCUGUCAUGGGAGGAUCAUUGUGAAUAGCGUGCAACACAGACAUAUACAUUAAAGCUGUGUCACAGGAACUUAAUGAGUUUAACACCAGGUUAGGGAAUGAGACUGAAAGAUGUUGA